ACUGAAUAUAGAGGCUUUUCUGUAAAAGUCUCAAAGAAACUUUUCUUAUAUUCUGUGCAGUGUGAAGCUGAAGAGUUCAAGGUGCAAUUUUGUCUGUCUCUAUUCUAUAAAAAGAAUACAGAAGGUGCCAUGUUAGUGCUAAAUAGAAUUAUGCUUCAGAGUUAUGCUUCAGGUGAAGUUGUGUGUCUUUAAUUAAAAAACAAAAGGUGAGGGAGGUAUUAACAUUUGUUUUGUUCCUGCUGAAUUUACUUAGAGUUUCAAGCAAAAAAAUGAAUGAAUUCAAGUAUCCCAUAGUAGUUUUAUCAUAGUUUUCCCUCACGAUGUAUAGGGAAGGUAGGCUGAAUUAUUUAUUUUUGCCCUUGUGAGAGACUUUCUCCUGGCAUUACUUCUAGGAUUGUUAAUUAUUAUCUGUAGUUAUGAAAGGUGAUCCAUUAAUAGUGAAGUUGGUUGUUGUAUUCAUUUUUUUACAUGUGUUUUUCUGAAAGGGAGAACUUGAAGUGUGGGGAAAAAUGAUCUCAUGACUGUAAAGACCUAAAGGAAGUGAAACAGUUGUUUAACAAAAAAAAUAACGUCAUCUUGCAGUUUUCUGGUGCAGUCUUGGAUAACAUGGCUCACAGCUUGUUCUGUUUUGUCUGCUUCUUAAGCAUAAUGAAGAGUGACUUAAUCUGAUGUAUUAAAGCAUUUUUUUCUUCUAAUAAAAUUAUAUAAAUGAAAUUAAAUACUUUGAGAUCUCACUUGUCUGUGGCAAUCUGUGAGAGGAGAUUCAGACAAAUUCAAGCCAAAUCUAACCUGUUAGAUUCUCUGCCUUUCUGACCAGCUUGAUUUAUUUUUUCACUCUAGCAACAGGCAUGACUCAUUUUUGUCAAGACUUUCAUGGAAAGAAAGGAUGAAAGGAAGGCUGUAUGUGAAAGAACUUUGGGGUUUCCAUUGGAUGCACACACCAAGAUAAAACAGAGAAAAGUGGAGAGCACUGAUGACAUUGUAGGGCCAGAAGGUAUGGAGAAAUUUUGUGAAGACAUUGGAGUUGAACCAGAAAAUGUAGUUAUGCUUGUGCUAGCAUGGAAGUUGGAUGCACAAAACAUGGGCUACUUUACAUUACAAGAAUGGUUAAAAGGAAUGACAUCACUACAAUGUGAUACUACAGAAAAAUUGAGAAAUUCUCUGGAUUACUUGAGAUCUUUAUUAAAUGAGCCUACCAAUUUUAAACUUAUUUAUAGAUAUGCAUUUGACUUUGCACGGGAAAAGGACCAGCGCAGCCUAGAUAUCAAUACUGCCAAGUGUAUGUUGGGCCUUCUUUUAGGAAAAACAUGGUCCCUUUUUCCAGUAUUUCAUCAGUUUCUAGAGCAAUCAAAAUACAAAGUUAUCAAUAAGGACCAAUGGUGUAACGUUCUUGAAUUCAGCAGAACGAUUAACCUUGACCUCAGUAACUAUGAUGAAGAUGGAGCCUGGCCAGUGUUGUUGGAUGAGUUUGUGGAAUGGUAUAAAGGAAAACAGAUGACAUAGGAGUUUAACUAUGCACAGCUACUCAAGAAUCACUGUUACCACAGUUAUGUCAACCAUUAGCCAUAAACUGCUAUUUGUAUCAAAGUGCAUGCUGCUUUUCUUGCACUGCAUCCCUUUGGCAGGGAACUUUUGAUGUUUGCUAUUUAACAAGCUAGCUAUGCUUGCUCUUUAGCAUUGUUCUCUUUGAAGGCUGCUUUGCAUUUUGUAUUUACACUACAGAUUGGUGAACUUGCCAGCGUCUUCACUGUGAUGAUGUGUAUAUUGCUGUCUAAAUUUUGUAUAUGUGUAUAAAAAAAAGCUUCACCUAGGGAUUAUUUCUGCAGAAAUGUAUUGUAAAAUAAUUUUGUGGCAUAUUUUUAGUCAACACUUACAUGUCUGUUGAAACUUUAGUUAUUUUGUUUUUCUUUUGGUCUCAAUUGUAGCAUUUCAGACUGCUUGGACAUAGUUAUGUGAAGAACUAUUGUCGAUUUCAAUGUUACUAUUUGAGAUGCCAGUUUCUGAGAGAAGACAUGCUGUGACUUUCUUCACCGGAAUUAGCCAAACCUGACCUAAUGCUUUAUAGGAAUGAAAAAUUGGUGUCUUACAAUAUAAAUAUGCAUAUAAAUAUUAAAACACUAUAAUAGUUGUACAUGCCACAGAUGAUUUUCAUUUGAAGAAGAAAGUACUGACUUUUUAAUGUUAAAACUGCAGUAGUCAUUACAGGUACAAAUGAACAAAUUAAAGUACCUUUUAAAAAUGGGUUUUAGACUUUUGUAAAUUGCCUUUGGCAUACUCCUUUUAAUUUUUGGUGUACCAAGAGUGUUUGGUCUAGGUUCUGAUCUAGUGAAAUUGAAAGUUCUAGCUGAAAUUCGUGGUUUGGGUAAUGAAGUAUGCUUACCCCUAGCAUGUAGAUAAUAAAGAUUUGGGGGGUUUUUUUUGUUUGUAACAUUAGUCUUUCCGAGGACCUCUAACUUCAUGUUUCGAAGUAAUUAAAAAUAUGAUAUUGGAAAAAAUAUGAUCUUGAAUAGUCAAAACAUUACGUUUUCUUUCAUGCUGGGGAUUAGUUUCCUGGCAGAGUGUCCAUUGCAGGCAAUGGGCAUUUUAAACACCAGCAUUAAAUGACAGUAUUUUUUAGUAGGGAUCACUGCCUAUUUCACUCAUUUCUUUAUCUGCAUAGGAUGGUUCUAGUGAUCCUUUUGGGGAAAAAUGGGUGAAUGGAAUGAUGUUUAAGUUCUGUAAUUUUGUCACAUUGUCUUUGCCUUACCCUUCUUUAUUAAGUAAUGAGUGUUGAUUUUUAUAAAUAGGUCCUUGAAGUAUCUGGUGCUAUUAAACUUUGAUUUAUUAAAAUGUUCCAUAUUGAUUCACGGAGCAUUUAACAACAAAGGGCCAGUGGAUGUUUUGGAACAAAGAAUAACGUUACUUUUCUGUAGAAAUAUUUUCCAAGGUAUUGACAGUUUUGUUAUUUCCUUAGAAUGCAAUCCAAGGGAAGAGGAAGGAAGCAUUUUAGAUUGAAUGUGAAAUUUUCGUCUGUGUUGAAGGUUUUAUUCUUGCCAUCAAGUCAGGAACAACUCAUGAACUUGACUCCUUUCAGGAUUAAGCCCAGUUUAGCAAAAGCACAUUAGUUUUCUGCCGUGGACCAGGAGGUUGUAAUUGUGGUGCUACAGGUGGUCAGUUGUGUUCAGAUCUGUUUGUUGUUGUCGUUGGUUUUUCAAACUCAGCUGCCAAAGACAAAAAUCGUUUGUGUCUGUGUAUAUUUGUAUAUACAUAAGUAUACAAUAUGUAUGCAUAUACAAAACCUAGAAUUUCAUGAUGCGAAGAAGAAAAUACUACCUUUCCCAUGAAACAGUUUUGUUCGUAUUUCCGUGACACUUAAUAGCACUCUUUAAAGUUAGUAAUGGUAAAACAUACACAGUCAGUGCUUUCUCACGUACUAAUAUGCAUACCUUAAUUCCAUGUUUGAUGCCAGUUUGCACAAGAAAUUAAUUGAGUGGAGUGUGGUAUUUAAUGUUUACAAUAAGCCUCUUACAAAAACACACAUUUUACUAAGACUUCUGUAGUAAAUGUGUUUAUUACCAUAGAAUAACCAUAAGGAAGUAUCAGUGGAGAUGCUGGUUUAGUUCUUAAAAGAAUGAACUUAGAAGCAAUAUAACUUUUAACAUUAGGCUAAAUUGUGAUUGCCAAGAUUUUAAGUGAAACAGUGUAAUUGCUCCUAAACAUUAAGCUAGUUACUGACUCUGGAAAACAGAUCAGCACAAAUUGGCAUGAAUCCUGCAACAAAUACAAGUUUGCAUAAAAGAUUUUGUAUGUCACAAUUAGUUGAGCUUCCAGUAAUGGAAGCAAGAGCCAAAGACACAUCUAAUCUAUUACUGUUACAGGUAUAGCUUUCAUAUAACAGGGUCAACAGAAAUCUGUACAGCUCAACCAGGUCCUUUUUUUCCAAGUUUUGUUAAUGUUUACCAGAAUACAAAAUUUAAUUGAAAGCAGAGAAAACAGAGGAAAAGAAACCUCAGAAAGUACUCAUGCUGUGUAAGUAAACAAACUUGUUUUCUUAAUUUGCGUAAAAGUAAUUGGAAGUGAUGGAAAGGAAGGAUGUGUUUGGAAGUGAAUCAGAUAGAUGCUGCAAAUUUUUUUCUUCCACUUGCAAACAGGGUGAAUCUGUAGCCUUCAGCAGGUUUAUAAACAUGCAUCUUCAUAAAGUAAAGCACAGAUUCAGUUGCAGAUAGUAAACAGCUUUGCUGACAGUUAUAGUGAACAAAUAGACUAAAAUGGACCCUCAUGGCUCGAUGAGCUUCCCUGUAUUAUCCAUUUUUCUCAUUUUGCUAUAUAUGCGGGUAAGCAGAGGAUCUGAAUGUUGCCUGCUCCUUUAUUUUGGAGAAAUUCCCUCUCAUUUUUAAAUGAUUGUGGAAAGUUAGCUAACCUACUCAGUUAAACUUGCAUUUAGUACAAGUUUGGCAUUUUCUUUUUUGUUAAUUAUACCAUGAAAUAGUUGAUGUAGAUAGUUUUUUUUUUUUGUUGUGGUUUGGUGGUUUUUUUGCCCCUUUUGAAAAGCAAUGUUCAGAAUAUGCUGACUUCUUGGGUAAGACACUGAGAGGUGAUUCCUGAGGAAGUGUCAUAGGUCGUAUGCUAAUCUUUCUAGUGUACCAUUACUGUACUUUUAGCAGAAACUUGAUGAUCAAUGUACAAUUCAUUUUUGGUAUUUAGGAGAUGUAAAUUGGAAAGACAGUUAGUGAAAGGAAAACAGCAUCUAGAGACUGUAGCAAUUGACGUUCUUUGAUAGACGACAAACUUUUGGAGCCCUUUGGACUCAAUCUUAAGGAUCUUUUUCAACUUAAAGGAUUUUAUUAAUAUUAGUAGCCAAAACAUUCCACAAAUCAAAUUUCCUUCUACAAUGAAGUGAUAUUAAGUAUUUAAAAUAUUAAUAUAAUUCUGUGUUACUGUUGUUUUUUGACUUUUUAUCUUUUUCAAGGAAAGCAAGCGAAGAGUGUCGAGUAUAUUAAAAUCCUCUAUCUACUUGAGUUUUCAGUUAAAGCCUGUUUACAGUUGUCUUUAAGCUGCAAUGAAUACUUGAGAUAUCUUUGUGUAACCUUUUCCUAAUAUUGUAGAGGCUUUUCUCCCAUUUCACCACAAAGACAUGCAUUUUAUUUCAUCACAAAUAUGCUCACACAAUCAAAAUCAGUUAUAGCUUAUUGCUACUUGGUUAAUGUUCCCAAGUUACCUUUUUUUGAAGGGCAAGAAAUGGACUUCAGUUGUAUUAAGUUUUUCCCAGAUUUCUGUUGACCCUUGAUCACAAGUCUGACAAAUUGUUUAAUACUCUUGGAAUUCAUAUAGACAGGUUAGCUUGUGCCCUGGUUUUAAUUAUGACUGCUAAAAUACCUCUUUCUAGGCCUUAUAUUUUGUCCUUUCAUAUUGCUGUAAAAGUGUAUAGAAUCUAUCCACAAACUAAAUAGUUUGUUUUCUGUAAUUGAAACCAAACCUCAGCUUGAUAUUUUUUGUUUGGUUUUUUUUUAAAUCCAUCCUUCUCUUUGUGUGUGUGUGUCCAUGUGUACGUGCGUUGUCGCAAAGUAGUACCUACCAAUACUGUUGUUGCAGGAACAGCAGUUAACCUGUAACUGUGAAUGCUUUAGGUCUUAGUUAUUUGGAUACUACAUAAAUGAGAUGUGCUAAACUCCUGUGACUUGCAAUUUGAUGAAAAUACUAUUAUACCACUUAACAUGAGUUCAUUCAGUUGAUUUUUAGGUCCUUUGCUGGUGUUGAUGUAAAAUGGCAUCCCACAAAUAAAGAGUAUUUGUGUUGGUUUCAGCAA